AUGGCUCCAUGUGACCCUAAUAAGGUGAUAAAAAGAACUGCAAAACAUGAACAAAAACAGUAUGGUACCCUUAAAAAGAUAGCUGCGAAUGGAAAGCCAGAGGAAAAAACAAUGAAGACACCAUUAAAAGUUGUCGAUUCAAAUUUGAAGCCAGCUAUGAAUGGAGCUGUACCCAAGCCUACAACUAGAGUAAUAAAGAGUCCUAAAACUGUUAAAAAGGUAACGCUGAAAAGGUGUUCCAUAGCACCCUCUCCGCUACCAAGUAUUAAAAAAAAGCCUGAUAACAGUGCUCAGAAGCUUUCUUUGAAGAGACGACAACUGCCAGCUCAUUCUGGUGUCCCAGUGCCAGAUAAAAUGAAGAAUCUGAAAUUACAAUUACUAGAUAUUGACUUUUAUAACUAA